CGAGUGAGGCAGUGCCUCUCGUUUUUUUCUCAGUGUAUCCAGUGGUGGUGGUGCGGCGAACUGCGCUGGUGAAUCCCAGUGAACCCCCCCGGCGAGCGGUGCCGCGUUAUUUCCGCUUCCGCGUGCGUGCAAUUAGCGGCGGCGGUCCCGAGACAAUGUCUGGAGGACGCAACCCAGGACCCCGAGCGGUCCGCCAACUGGUCCUCCUGCUCGCCCUGUUCUGGGGGCUCCUGGCCGUGGCCGGAGCCACAGGCGGAAAUGACGCCAUUUCCUUGGCGCCCAAACUGAAGCCAGCCGACGGCAAGGAUCUGCAGCAGCAGGACGGCGAGGACGAGGGAGGAGCCCGCCCGGACAAGGACUUUGACUUUGCCGCCUACGUGAACGAUUUCAAUUUGCAAGAGGAGGCCUCCAUUCCGGAGGACAUAUUUGACCAGCACGACGGUGACAUUGAAGACGAGGAUGCCGGCGUCUCCCCCCAGCUGCAGUAUCCCUCGGCUCCCCUGCGACCCAUCCAGAUCCAGAACCAGAACGAGGAUCAGGACCCAGACGAGAAGGAGAUCCCCGCGCAGGAAGAUCAGGAGCCAGACGCGUCCGAGGACGAUGCCUCCGAGGCAGCCGAUAUUAUACUCGAAUCUCAGAGGCCCACCACGAGGAAUCUCAGUGCCUACCUGGACGCUAAGAAGCACCCAAACAACAAUGGCAGCAAGCGCUCCAAGGAUAAGGACUGGGCUAGGGAUAAGGACAAGGGCAGGAAGAACAAUUUAAGCCACUACAACUACAAAUUGAAAAACAAUAAAGACCGAGUUGCCAAUGAGGAGGCUCCUCCCCCAAGGAAAGCCAAUGCCGGGGAUGGGGAUGGGGAUGGGGAUUUUCCAACAAAAUUCGCAUCCUCCUCAUCCGUGGAGGACCAGGAGGAUAGCGCGAACUUUGGCAGGCAAAGUUUUUCGUAUAAAAAAUUAAAGAACAUGCACGAACAGCAAAAUCAACAGAAGGAGCCUCCCAAGGAUGGCAAGGAGUCGAGGGAGCAGGACCCGUCGUCGCCGCAGCUGCUUGAUUCUAUUGAAAUAUUAAAGGAACGAAAAUUUAAUAAACCCAUCGGGGCGGAGCAGGUGAAGACAGGUGAGACGGCCAUUGGCGAUAUCGAGGACAAUCUGGAUAAUGAUGAGGAAUCGGACCAGCAGCAGGAGGAGCAGGAGCAGGAGGACGAGGACGAGGAGGAGGAGGAGGGCAUCAAGUCGUCCAUUGACAAUGAUGAAUUGGCCAAGAGAUACUAUCCGCCGACAACCACGACGGAGCCAACAACUUUGCCCACAACCACCUCCACCACCAGCACCACAACAGCAAGGACAACCACCACAAGCAGCACAACUACUCCGAGGACAACCACAACUUUCCGAACUUCAAGGACUCCCCAACAGCAGCCAACAAUUGGCCGCAAACUGAAGCGCCAUGGAAAUGCUUUUGGCCCAAAGAAGCCUCAGAGCCCGGAAAAUAGAUAUUAUGAAAUUGCCAGGAUCAAGGAGCAGCAGCAGCAGGAGCAGGAGGAUGCAGGUAACGUGGGCGAACUGCACUAUUACGAUACCGGGAGCAACUACAACCAAAAGCUGGCCACAUACGAUCCGGAAAAGUCCGAGGAAAAUUACUUGAGUGGCCAGCAGCCCAGACGGAAUGCCACCGACAGGCGGGGAGCGUCCUCCUCCUCCUCCUCCGCCUCCCGCUUCCUGGACGACGAGUACUCCGAGCCCCAACCGCCGCCGGAGGAGCAGAGGCAGUGGCAGAGUCCGGCAGAGAAGCCAGACGAGAGGGACGAGAAUUCGGAUGGCUUCGGAGCCGGCAAAUUGGAAUCCGAUUUGGAUUCUGGACAGCAGCGAUAUCACUCGGGCUCCUUGGCACCAGCCACGCCCACCCCUGCUAGCGCCUUCGAGCGGUUUAAGGCGCUGCGUCGCAGCCGCCAGCGGACAGGACACAAGAGCCACAAGAAGCGGUACAAGGACUACCUGAAGUGGCAGGACCCGGUGGCCUCCACGCCCGGAACACUGUCGUCACGACAUCUCCAGAAGCUCCAAAAGGAAAAGGACAUGGAGCGGGAGAGGGAAAGGCUGCAGGCAAAGGAUAAGGAGGAGCAGCGACCUCUGGGCCACUCCCCGCCCAUCUUCGCCCUGGGCCUGCGGCCGGCGAAGCCCUUCUACGAGGGCCAGGUGAGCUACUACGACAAGCAGGAGCCGGUCCAGUACCUGGAGCAGGAUCAGCAGGACCUGGAGCACCGCACGGAGAUGGAGCGGCUGAUAGCCCACGACAAUGGCAACUGGUAUCGCAGGAUCAGCCCGGUCCUGCGGAACGGCGUCAAGAGCGGUGUGGAGCUGAAGCACCACCACCAUCGGGGUCACCAUUCGGGCCACCACCAGGGCCACCACUUGAGCCAUCACCAACUGCAGAACCACCACCACCAUCAUGACCACCACCAGGGUAACCACAAAACCAACCACUUCCGCUCGCGACCCAGUAGCCCCUACCAGAGGAAGCCCCCGGCCCAGAACUCCAUGGGAGUAGCUCUCUCCGCACCCGCCCCUCUGCCAGGAGCCCCAUCUGUGCCUGGACCACAGCCAACGCCCACUCCGCCUCUGCCGCCGCCGAAACAGGAACUGGGCCACCAGAUCACCGAACUGGAGCACCUAGAACGCUACUACGCCAAGUGGCCGCACCUAGCCCGGGUGCAGUUCCAGGUCUACGACGAGCACUACCGCGAGGCCCACCCGGAGCUGUACGAGGACUACGAGGACGCCGACUACGAGAGCGCCGCCGAGCUGGAGGAGGCCCAGCAGGAGAGGGGCGAGGAGGCCAACCUGCCGCCGUACAUCAAGAAGUACAACCGGCGGAACAAGCAGCUCCUGAACCUGCUCGAGGGAACCCUGCCCACGCCCACUGCCUUCCCGCCGGCUGGCCUGGCCGGCAGUCCCCCGCCCCCGCACCUGGACGACGAGUACUUGCAGGAGAAGCGGCGUCGCUACCACCAGCACCACUUCGAGGACCUGUUCGCGCAGCAGAAGAGUGCCGCCGGGCACAAGGACAGCAAGGACCUUGCGGAGGAGGCGGGAGUAACCACUCCGUUCAGCAAUCACUUGCCGGAGGACUCCCCGGAAGGCGAGUCCCCGGCCCUGCAGCAGCCGAAGGCCUCGGACUUCUGGCCCGGAAAGGUGCAGGUGGUGGUGGCCCCGACCUCCACCCCGAAGCCGGCUCUCUUCAAGCUGCCCUCGUACCCGGCCAUAGCGGGAAGCUUCCUGGGAACACCGCGCAGUCGCAGCGCCCAGUUUGUGGCCAAUGUGGCAGGCAGGGGUCAGAGUAGCUGGGCCCAAAACUCGACAGGAUCGGCAGGCGCGGCUGGAGCGGCCGGCGGGGGAGUGGGAGCAGCCGUAGCCGCUGGAUCUCCGCCGAGGGGAGCUCCCUCGCCGCUCAACUCCUUCGUUUACCAUCGCGUGGUGGAUAGUCCUGGCAACGCUAAUGGCGUCCCGCCCGUUUCCGGGCUGGUCGGCAGCGGAAUCGGCCGCCGACAGUCGCGACUUCCGUUCGUGGCCAUCACGGACCGCCGGAUGGAGUCCUUGACCGGCAAGAGGUCCUUGGCAGAGCGACACAAAGACUUUCAGCAGAAUCACUUUCCGAUGCCUUAGGUUGCGAGAGAGGGACGUCCUUCGAAGGAGGAGAAAAGCAGGAAGGAGAAAGUAACGAAGAGUCGAAGGGCAGGGUUGGAAAACCAGAAGCAGGGUGACUUUGCAUUCAAGAAGAAUUAGGUUCACGUCUCCCGAAACUCGUAUCCUUGUGUUUUCCCCCAAAAACGUAGCUGAAAAGUUUAGACUGAUAUCGAAGUGUUUUCGAAGUCCCUGUUUUUUCGAAACUCCAGUCCACAAUAAACCGAUGCCAGCCAGCUUUUAACUAACAAUCGAAUCAAUCGAAUUAAUCGAAGAAAUCGAAGCAAUCGAUACCGGAAUUAAGGCCCGUUUCCAGCCCUGUGCUUCGAACUCAAGAAGUCUUAACAUAAAUCUAGAACUAUAUUGUAGUCGCCGCUUUCGGAUGUAUAAUUUUUUGGUGUUUUAUGUUUACAAGAAAACGAAAGGACGAUGGAGUCCAGGAUCUAGGGAUAAUUAUGGAGGAAAAACGUUUUUUUCUGGAGAAUCAUUAAACGGUAAUCGGUAUAAUUAGAACAAGUAAAACAACAAAUAAAAUAUAAAUUAAGAUGAUACAAUUUUUUUGUGUAUAAAUAGCGAAUAACACCAACACACCUGUAGACACAAACACACUUACCAUACACCUACACAGACCCCACACACACACACACACACACACUCAAAGAGCUGUUAGAAAUCAAAAGUGAUAAUCGACAAGAAUAUAUAGACAUAUAUUCCACCUAGUUUGUUUUAAAUUGGAGUCUCGAGUUAGGAGAGUUGCUUCUGGAAGGAACGUAGAUGCUUUCGCUCGCCCCUGCACGCAAAAAUCCAACGAAAUAGGUUUCAAAAUUGAAUGGAAAAUCAUGUCGGAAAACUGAUAAUUUGUAGAACAGACAAACCGAGGCACUAAAGUUUCAAAACGUUUAACUAGACAGUUUAGUAGGACUCUCAGACACCCAAGCCAAGCUGUUGAAACAAUGUAGGGAUAAGGACUGACAGUCCGACACUCAAAACUUGGCGAAUUAACAAUACUUUGUGCUGGAAAAACGCUCCUCAGAGCUUCUGCGGGGCAUUACGAGUUUAAAGACACUCGCACAAAAAAUGAGGAAAAUGAAGAGAAGCUGGAAAAGCCGGAAAAACUGAUAGAGACAGAGACAGGGUGGAGAGGCGAGAUGCAAUGCAGUGUAAUUAACAUAUCAAAGCGGGAUGUGAGUGGCAAAAAGAGGAGCAAUUGAAACCGAAAACUGAGAGCAGUUGCGAAUAUUUUAAACCGCUCCGAGAAUGUUUGUUUAAUCUGAAAUUCUUAAAUACCAAGGCAAGGACUAAGGCCACACAACACUGUCGAGGAGAGAAGGGACGGCAGCUGCAGCAGCUUUCUGUGAAAUUUAAUUGGAAUCAGAGUAGAGGAAUGAAGCCAGCAAGAAACAGCCCUCAAAGGUAUCAGCGUAUCAAAAAAUAACAAUAAUAUAAAAUUAUUGAGACCCCAGCCCUCACCCCUCGACCACAACACACCAGAGAGACACCCACACACACAUAAAAACACACCCAUAAAUACAUGUAUACACAUCUCAUUAUGUGGUAAAAUUUUAAUGGAAUGAAAUUCAAUAAAGCAACA